AUAAGCACAGGAGAACCUGUUACGCCAACAGUCCUCCAAGCUGGAAAUGAAGAGCUCAGACUCCACAAAGCCUAGAGAAAGAUCCUCUUCUCUUCUGCCUGCCUGUUGUCAUGUCGGUAGCCUGUGCAGAGCCCUCUGAAGCUGUGGCCGCCUUCUUUCUCUCACGGGGAGGAGAGCAUGCACCCUGGGCAGCCUUUACCCAAGUUCAGUGUCCAGCAGGCCGGACUGUAGGUGUCUCCUUGGGGCCCUGCACUGAGUAUGAACUGCUGCAGCAGGAGUCAUGGCAGGACAGGCAUUCAGAAAGUUUCUUCCCCGCUCUGACCCAGUAUUAGCUGAAAGGAGUGCUGCAGAAACUGUAACCAAAGGAGGCAUUAUGCUCCCAGAAAAAUCUCAAGGAAAAACAAUGCAAGCAGCAGUAGUGGCUAUUGGAUCAGGCUCCAAAAGAAAGGAUGGAGAGACUCGACCAGUUUGUGUCAAAGUUGGAGACAAAGUUCUUCCAGAAUGGGGAGGCACCAAGGUAGUUCUAAACAACAAGGAUUAUUUUUUAUUUAGAGGUGGUGACAUUCUUGGAAGGUACACAGACUGAAAUAAAUCACUUGAAAUGGUAUCGUGUGAAGCUGCCCAUUUCACUGACGUUCUGAAAUAUUUCAUCACAUAAAUAAUUUCUGUGUCUCUUUUAUAAUAAACU